GUGUGUAUACCAAAAUUCCCAAAUUAUUUCCUCGUGUUGUCGCCGAAUAAAGUACAAGUAAAUCAGUAAAAUGGUGGCGGUCGCGCACUUCGACGACUGUGAUGCCAGCGAACCCAAGACGCUGACGGAUUGGGUGCGUAAUUUCCGUGUGAAACGCCAGAAAAUGCGUCGUAAGCUGCGUGGCGCUGGCAGCGACCUGCGCGUGAACGCCAUUUUAUCGACGGCGCUGCUCCAUGCGGAGCAUGAACUGCGUAGAAAGCAGCAGGAACGGUUUAGUCGCUGGCUGGAAAUGCAGACAAAGUUUGUGCCACAUGGCAGGACACACUGUGGCAGUGACGCCCAGGAAGCCAAUGCCAAAGCUGUGGCAGAGGUGGAGGCAGAGUGCGAACGACGCGAGAUCGAAAAUAAUUUGUGGAGGAGCGAGCUCAGUGGCCUCGACAAUUUCAUGCGCAGCCUUAGUAGCAAUAACAACGACAACGGGCCCAGUCAUAGCAACAGUUACGCGGGCAACAACAACAGCCAACACAGCUGCGCCAUUGCUGUGGCCAGCUAGAACGAGACGACUAUAUGGUGGGGCAUGCUGUGUGUGUAUACGUGACUGUCGUAUACAGGCACAAAUGUACAUCUGUCGAAACAUUUCCCUUUUCAUCGCAGUAACCUUAGAUUUAUUUGUUCAUUGUUAAACUAGUUUUAUUACGACAACCAAUUUCUCAU